CAUUCUCCUGCGCCCUUGUGCGCUAGAGUGAUAUUGUAUGGACUGCUGCAUGAUAUAAGAAACGAAAGAUAUUUUUAUUUUGUGCUUUUAGCGACCCUCGUUAUAAAGAAGAGGUGAGGCGGGAAGCCAAGAGCAGCCGAGAGGUAGAAUGGCAGGCCAGGCUGCUAGCAAGAGACGCCUGAUUUCCAGAUCUCUGCAGAGUGCUGACAUCUGCCUGCAGCAUCAGGACUAUGGCACUGCCUAUGCCCACCUUCUACUGGUGCUUACUCUGGCUCCUGAGCAAAAGGAAGCCUUAAAGGAAAUGUUUCAAUAUUCUUUAUUUAAAUGGGCGGAAGAGCUGUAUGCUUUGAAUCGCAGUCAAGAUUUAUUCAAUUGUUAUGAGCAAGCGCUAGAACUGUUUCCAAUCGAUGAUGUCAUUUGUAAUAGUAUGGGUGAACAUCUCUUCAGACUGGGCUUCCGAGAUGAAGCUGCUGGUUAUUUCUACAAGGCACUGAAGCUUAACCCAAGCUCUGCUGAGGCCAAGGAAAACUUCUACCGUGUAGCAAACUGGUUAAUAGAGCGCUGGCAUUUUAUCAUGCUCAAUGACACUAAGAGAAACCUGAUGUAUAGGGCAGCUAUCCAAAAUGCCAUACAGAAUGGUUGCAAAACUGUACUUGAUAUUGGAACUGGCACUGGAAUUUUAAGUAUGUUUGCUAAAAAAGCUGGAGCACCAUUUGUUUAUGCUUGUGAGCUAUCCAAAACUAUGUAUGAGCUUGCUUGUGAAAUAGUGACUGCCAAUCAAAUGGAUGGACAUAUCAAGCUGUUGCACAUGAAGUCCCAUGAUAUUCAAAUCCCAGAACACAUCCCUGAAAGGGUUUCCCUGGUAGUUACAGAGACGGUUGAUGCAGGUUUGUUUGGUGAGGGUAUUGUGGAGACUCUAAUACAUGCAUGGAAAAACCUACUUUUACAGCCAAAGCCUAAAGAUGGUAGGGUUGAAGCAUACGGAAAAGUAAUACCAUCAAGCGCUGUUAUAUACGGCAUGGCAGUGGAGUGCCCAGAAAUACGAAGGCACUACAGUGUGGGUGUGACUGAGGUUGCUGGUAUCAAAUUAGGAGACGCUGUAAAGUUCUGCAGCCCUAUACAUAGCAGUCAUGGGCCUGAUGAUGUCACUGAGCCGUAUACAACUGAAAAAAUGAGCAGAGUACCUGGAGGCUAUAAAGCUUUGAGUCAACCCUUCCAAGUUAUGACAGUAGAUUUCAACAGUCUGCAGGCAUUAGAGUAUAUCGCCUCAGGAAAAAGCAAUAGGAUAUCCGUGCCUGUCUACCAGCAAGGACAGUUUGACUGCUUUAUAACUUGGUUUGCGCUUCAGCUUGACAAUGAACACAGCUUAUCCACAGAGCCCAGUGAGGAAACCUGCUGGGAACAGGCUGUCUUCCCUGUGCAGAAACUCCCUGAUGAAGGCUGUCUUGUCAACACAGGGGAUACAAUUGUAGUGGAUGUUUCUUGUCCAGAUUGUUACCUAAGGUUAGACCUUUCCACUAUUGUUUUGAGUGAGUCCAGUUGUGAUCAAACGGAAAACAUGGUCAUGGGAAAUGAGACUGAUAUCUGUGAUGCUUUGGCCAAUCUUCACACUACCACUAAUAAAGGUAACAUGCAGGAACUUUGCAUCCUGGAACCUGGAGAAAUUGCCUUACUUAAUAACGCUGUGUACCACGAGAGUUUUAUGGCAGCCAUCAGCAAGGUCAUCGGCUCCCUUGAACUAAAAGAAAGCUGUUCAGUUGUUAGGAAUUCCCAAGAGCAAGAUGUGAAUUUUGCACAGCCUGUUUCUGAAGACCGUUUGCAUGUGCUGGAUGUAUCGGAAGGGUUUUCCAUUUUGCCACUUAUUGCUGCGAAGCUUGGAAAGGUGAAAGCCUUCAGUUCAGUUGAGAAGGAGCAACACAGAGUGGCUCUUGAGAAAUUGUCUGUGAUUAAUGAUCUUAAUAAUAAUGAGUCCCUGGAAUUUUGUCUGAGCCAACUAGAAACAGAUGACGGUGCCGCACAGAAGCCAAAGUCUGACAAGAUGUGGAGCAUCAUAAUUCUUGAUGUGAUUGAGACCUGUGGUCUGAUUCGACAAGAUUUAUUAGAGAAAGCUGCAAUAGCCAGGUGUUUACUAGAGCCAGGAGGCAAGAUAUUCCCCCAUGCAGUGGUAAUGCAAGGGAUGCUGAUAGAAUCAAAGACGUUACUGCAUGAGGGCUCAGUCCAAGGCAACGAACCUACUCUAGGCUUCCUUAUAGCACCUUUUAUAAAUCGAUUCAAGGUUCCUGCCCAUGUGUUUUUGAACCUCUCUACUGUCCCCUGUAUACCCUUAAGUGAACAGUUUGAACUGCUAAGGCUGGAUCUAAUGAAUCCCUGUUCAAACAAUCAGAGCAGCUCUGUAAUGAGAAUCAAGGUGAAUAUCUGUAGAUCUGGCCAGGUUACAGCCGUUACAUUCUGGUACCACAUACACAUUGAUGAAGCCAUUAGCCUAGACACGUCCAGUGAGGCAUCACAUUGGAAACAGGCGGCGUAUGUGCUGGAGACCCCUACAUGUGUGCUGGAAGGGGAGGAGCUCUUGCUUGAGGUUCAGUUCCAGAACAGCAGUAUGAGCAUGAAACUAACAAGACCACUGCAGUGAGCAAUUGUAACAUUUUAAAGGACGUCAUGUGGUUUUAAGUAAAUAAAAUGUAUAGAUUUUGUUACUUUUGAAAAAAGCCAGUGUUGCUUUUCUGGGUUUAUGUCAACUAAAUAUUUUGGUAUGGCCCAAUUUUGGCACUUUUUAAAUAAAAUAUCUAUUUAGUUGAACCGGUU